AUGAAGGAGGAGGAGGAGGAGGAGGAGGAGGAGAAAAGGAAGAAGACGAAGUUGAAGAAGAAGAAGAAGAAGAAGAAGAAGAAGAAGAAGAAGAAGAAGAAGAAGAAGAAGAAGAAGAAGAAGAAGGUUUGGGCGACCGCAAGCCCUCUGAACUUCUCCGCCUCAAAGGCCAUAAAGACUUGCCUAAUUAGCUGCAAUAUAUACAUGGCCGACUUGACCGCCUUCGCGCAGUUCAGUAUUGGCUAG